AACUGAGCUCUUGAAUCUUAUGUCUCAAUAAGCCAGGGGCUGGAAACCCCAGGUCCCUGCUGGUAAGAGGCUGGCAUGUCUGGGACAGGACUAAGCAAAAACAGGAACGUAAGAUUGCUUGGGUCUCUUACCUGUUGGACAGCAGCAACCUGGCACCAAAGAACUUUUAUCUUCCCUCACCUGCCCUCCAUAUCCACCCCAUCCUUCCUCCCUAUCUCAUCUUCCUGGGGAAAGCAACCCACACCUCAGUAUCCCCAAGGCAACCCAUUACCACCAAAAAGGGCCUUCUCCCAGCUUCGCAGUCUGAAUGUGACUGGCCCAGGCAAGACUCCUCCUCAGUCAGAAGGGCCUGCUUUAGGGAGCCAUUCCCAUCAAUUUUUCCUAAUAAGACAAACAGGCUAGGGCAGGAAGCGGGCAGGGGGAAAUGAAGGCAAGUUGGUGCUGGCCUGCCAUCUGCUCCCAGCCCACCCACAACUCCCCCAUCAGAAUCUGGGUGUGCUAGUGUGACUGUGUGGUUGGACGAUUGUGAAAACACAACCGUGUGGGAGUGGAACUCUGAGUAUAACUGGGACUGUAUGAUUCCAUCCGGGGUUGUCUGACCAUGUGAGGUUGAUCGAGUGACUGAGGUGUGACUGUGAAUGUGUAACUAUGAGUAUGUGAGUGUUAUUGUCCAUCAUCGGAUGCCACUGUGGAUCCUUGGCCGCCCUUAGUUACUGUACCAUCAGUCCCCAUGUGCACAAUCCCCCUCCCCAGCUUCUCUGCCCAGGAUUUAGGAGCCCAUGGGAAAUUACUGUCCUAAAAGAGGAGGGGGUCUGUGGCACAGGGGUCUCUGGUAAUUAGGGCCCAGGAGUGUCACAGGAUGAGCAAUACAUCUUCACCUGCCGCUGACUCACCUGGUGCCCCAGGUAAAAGGCACCCAGAUAAAAGGUAGGGAAGGAGGCAGAGAAAGAAGGAAGUAUCCAGGCUGAGCAUCAUGAAGGGGCCCUCACCCACCAGCAGCCUCCUGCUGCUACUGUUGCUCCUAAGCCCAGACCCUGGAGGAGCAUUGCCACUGGCACCCAGCACUACAUCAUGCUGUACUCAGUUCUACCGACAGCCACUCUCAAGCAAACUACUGAGGAAGGUCAUCCGAGUGGAAUUUCAGGAAGCUGAUGGGGACUGUCACCUCCAGGCCUUCGUGUUUCACCUGUCUCCCAGCGUCUGCAUCCACCCCCAGAACCGCAGCCUGACUCUGUGAUUUGACUGCCAAGGGAAGAGGCUCCAGGGGACUCUGCAACUGAGUUUGGAGAUGAUAGGGAAAAUGGGCCGGGGCCCCCAGUAG